AUGGCUGCUAAUCCAUUUUUAUUUAGCGAGGAGCCUUAUGUUUCUCCCAGCACAGCUGGUUCCAAUCCUUUUUUGCUUGACGAUCACGAUGACGAUUCGGGUAAUUUGGGAGAUAAUCCAUUCCUAUCCCAAACAGCUACAACUAUGUCUACAACUAAUCCUUUCAGUUUUGACCCAAUGGAACUGGAACCAGCAGAAGCUGAAGUACCAGUUAUACAACAAAAUAAUGAUCCGUUUGAUAACACAAUACAGUAUUCUAGAACUGAACCAAUUAACAAUGAACCAGUAUUACUACCGGAUACUCCGAAAAAACCAGUGGAUUUGGAUUUGAAGUAUACAUUGCAAGCAAGUCCAAAUGGUCCUCCAAGACCCCCUCCACCUAGAUUACCUCCUUCAAAAGAAACCCAGGACUUACUUAUGUCUGUCAUGGGUGCAAUGGAUGCUACCAGCUCUUCGCUUCUUGGAAAAAUUCCUCCUACAAGAUCACCCAGCCCAGUCAAUAUGAGAGAUUUACACUCCCCUAGUCCUACACCCGAUCCUGGAUGCAGGGAUCUUCUUGACGUAGACGAAAAACCACAAGCUUCGAAUCAAGAAGUUCAGAAUUCUUCCGAAGCAGAUCUAUUCUCUUUAGAUCACGAUACUAGCUGUGAUAUCAACCAAAAUCCUGCUGUUCAGUUUGACCAACAAACUUGUAUCCAAAAAGAAUCAUUUAUUGAAACUAAAUCUACAGCACACAACGAACCUAUGGUACAAGAUCAAUCAAAACGGCUUCCACCACGACCGUCUCCUCCAGUGCGUCCUCCAAAGCCCCCACUUCCGGCAUCGCUAAUACAAAAAAAGGAACAGCACGUUGUACCGACUUUAGAAGAUAUAGAUAUGUUUGGGGUUGAGGAACCUCCAAAGAAAAAAGAAGUUUCCGAUAUUCUCAAUUUAUAUAACGCUCCAAAGCACGAGCCAGUCAAAGAUCUAUUAUCUGACUUGAUCAUGGAGACUGAAAUGUCUUCUCAACCAGAUUUGAUAUCGUCCACUACGGAAACAAAUAAACCUGUUGAUAAUAUGAAUAAAGUAUUUUCCCCCGAGUUGAAGGAAAACGUAGUACCAUCAGAUCAUUCUCAAGAAGAUUUUCAAAUGGAUUUAAGUAACAGCCACAGUAAAUGCUCUAUUUCUAGCACAACAUUGAACCCCUUUGCACCAAGUGAAGAUAUAAUUGAUCAAAAGGAGGAAAAUAAUAUUGAAUUCGAAGUUAAUCAAAAUAUUGAACCUAAUCAAAUGGAAAUAACUGAAAAUUCAAACAACUUAUCUGGGGUUGAUAAUGUUCAAAGUGACUUCUUUGGAAUAUCAGAACCAAUUGGAAAUAAUGUCAAAACAAUUGACCAACCAAAUUUUGCCUCGUCUGCAUUUGGAUACAACAGUACACCUUUAAAUAAUGAUUUAAUUAGUUCUAAUGAGGCAGGUGUUAUUUCUGAUACAGUAACCACAGUAUCAAAUUCAACAACAAACGCUUCCACUGCAACAUACAUGAUUUGUAAUGCAACGGAAAACUCUAACACAGGCUCAAAUAUUUUCAAUAUGAGUACAACCACUAAUAAUUCAACUACUAACAUUGCUGAAGUUUUUGGCAAACCGACCGUAACAACAGAUCUUUUUGGAAUAGCCAGUACAGUUUCAGAUAGCUGUAAUAUAUCCACUACGAUUUCUAAUACAGCUAAUGAUAUAUUUGGUAGCGGGAUCUCAGGAUCUGAUACAAUCAAUACAAUAGCCGUUGACGUAUUUGGUGGUACCACCACAGUCGUGGAUGCAUUCAGUAAAACCUCACAGAAUGAAGAUCCUUUCGCAAAUUCUAAUAAUGAUACUGGAGACGAUUUUGAUGAUUUUGCAAAGAAGUUUGAAUCAGUUAAAGCUGAAGAUUCUGCUUUUGGUAAUGUUUGGGGUAAUGAUUCGGUCAAUAUAGUUGACUCCUCUACUGGAUUUGGACAAGAUGAUGGGUUCGAUGCUUUUUUGGCUUUACAAGAGCCUCCAGAGGUACCUCAAUCAACGCCCAAUAAAAUCAGUAAAGCUGCUUCUCAAGAAUCUGAUGAAGAUAAGGACUUUGCUGUUUUUAUUAGACCUAAAGGUGCGAAUGAUAUAUCUGGCGAUAUUCUUCCAACCAUUGCACCCCCACCGCCAACAGUUGCAGCAACAUUCGGAGAUAUUUCCCCAAGAUUCAAUCCGUUUGACCAAACUGAAAUACCGGCAACCAUCCAAAACGAAAUACCACAUGUUGAAGAAUUCAAACGUUCUGAUUCACAAGAAACUCCUCCGACACCGUUAUUCGAUGACGAUGUCUCAGUGCCUUUAGAGCCUUUUCCGAGGAUACAUUACGAAGGAGAUGGAUGGGAAAUGCAGUUACGACAACCGAACAAAAAGAAAAUCACAGGUCAACGUUUUUGGAAAAAAAUAUGGGUUAAACUUCAGCACUUACCCGAUUGUGUGCUUUUACAAUUAUAUAAUCAGAAGGACGAUAAAGAUCCUUUCCAGGAGUUGCCACUGCAGCCCUGUUACUCCGUUUCCGAUAUCGGAGCUCAACAAUAUGAUCAAUUUGGAAAAAUUUUCACAGUCAAACUCCAAUAUAUUUUUUAUAAAGAGAGACCUGGGGUUCGACCUGGACAGGUUAAAAAAGCCGAAAGGAUUACGAAUAAACUCAGUCAGUUUGCGGCGUACGCUAUUCAAGGAGAUUAUCAAGGAGUGAAAGAAUUUGGAAGUGACUUGAAAAAAUUGGGUUUACCAGUGGAGCAUGCUCCUCAAGUAUCCCAAUUAAUGAAAUUGGGAUCUUUGAAUUAUGAAGAUUUGAAGCAGUUUUCAGUUUGUAUAGAAGAAGCGCUGUUCAAACUCCAAGCACACAGAGAUAGGGCGCUACAUUAUAAAAUGGAAGAAGUCCAAAUUACUGCCGUGGAUGAAUUGUAUGUAGAACAAGAAGGAGAUGGGCACAUUGUGAAACAAAUAGCCAGAGUAAGAUUAUUUUUCUUGGGGUUCCUCACGGGAAUGCCGGAUGUGGAAUUGGGAGUGAACGAUAUGCGUCGACAAGGAAAAGAAGUAGUUGGUAGACAUGAUAUUAUUCCAGUAGUUACUGAAGAGUGGAUUCGAUUGGAAGAUGUGGAGUUUCAUUCUUGUAUCCAACAAGAAGAUUACAACCUUACACAUAUAAUCAAAUUUAAGCCUCCUGAUGCCUGUUACAUUGAACUGAUGAGAUUUAGAGUGAGGCCCCCCAAAAAUCGAGAACUUCCUCUACAGCUUAAAGCUCAAAUAUGUGUCACAGGGUUCAAAGUAGAACUUAGAGCUGACGUUUUGGUUCCGGGAUUUGCGUCAAGAAAACUGGGGCAGAUUCCUUGCGAAGAUGUGAUGAUACGCUUUCCCAUACCAGAAUGCUGGAUAUAUUUGUUUAGAGUAGAGAAACAUUUUAGAUAUGGAUCUGUUAAAUCUGCCCAUAGAAGAACUGGUAAAAUUAAGGGAAUCGAAAGGAUUUUAGGGACUGUGGAAACUUUACAGGAAAACUUGAUUGAGGUGACUUCUGGACAGGCUAAAUAUGAGCAUCAACAUCGAGCGAUAGUUUGGAGGUGUCCAAGAUUACCUAAAGAAGGUCAAGGUGCAUAUACAACUCACAAUAUGGUUUGUAAAAUUGCUCUUACCAGUUACGAUCAGAUGCCCGAAAAGUUAGCGGAGUAUUGUUAUGUUGAAUUCACGAUGCCUGCAACUCAGGUCAGCCAUACCACCUGCAGGAGUGUUAGUCUCCAAAAUUCAGAUAGUGAUGAGCCACCCGAAAAAUAUGUUAGAUAUUUAGCAAGGCAUGAGUAUAGGGUUGGUAUAGAACACACUGAGGGAGAAUCGCCUAAUGCUUAUGCUUCAGCUACUUACGUUCCAAAACCUGCCAAUCCACCGCCCACGGCUCAAGCAGAAAUUCCAAAAGUGGUGGAGGAGUCCAGUUCCGAUAGUGAUUAAUCAGGAUUCUUGGGAAAGUUUAGCUACAUUAUUACGACAGGAAUGGACAUGCUUCACCUCAGCAAAGUUUCUCAAAGAGAUAAUAAUUUAGUCACUGACCUCUCUCGGGAAAAAUCAGGAGCUUUCGAAUGCAUUUAUUUGGUAAGCUCUAUGCUAUCACAAAGUCUAGGUUAGUGAAAAUGAGCUGAUUUAUAUGAUUUAGUUAUAAUUAGUAUAGGAUUUACAUAUACUACAGUUCUAGAACAUUCAAAAAUUAGACAGUUAAUUUUUUUAUAAUGGUGCAAUGGGUACAGAAAUUAUUGUGAAAAUAAACACAAAUUCAAUGUGAAUAUUGUCUAUACAAUCUUCUAUUGUAGUUUAGAUUAUAUCUCAUGAAACAUUUAUGUAUCUGGUAGUUACAUAGAACUUCUCUUUCUGUUUUAAGCCCUUGAGAACUAUAUAGACACCAUAGUCCAACAAAGAAAUUCCUCAGCUGCAUUAUAGGUAUAUAUAUAGGAAUAAACAUUCGAAUUUAAGCACCAGCUGAAAAAUCUGAACUUAUUUAAUUGAACUUUAAAAUAUCGGUAGUAAUUUGUCAUAAAUAAUCACUGCUAUGUUUGCUAUUUGACGAAUAAUUUGGGGUGAAAUAGCUCCAACAAAAUAUCAAUAACAACUGGUUUAAUUAACAUCAACAAUUCUUACAUGCUAAUGGGGAAACUACAUUUAUUGCAGUACCUGGUAAACUCUUCACGUCAAACAUCUUUCUGUUAGAAAUUACUUUGUCGAUUGAUUGAAACAAAUAUCUUGUCGAUAACUGAAGUUUCUUAUUUGGAAAAAAAUUAUCAUUAUUUGUUGUCAUUAUUAUCAAAUUUAAUGGAUUUUCGUCUUCGUAAAUGUAUCCGAGGUGUACAUAAUAGACGAUGAGGCUAUAGCUAUACUUUACCAACAACGUUUAUAAAAAAUUUCUUUCUCAAAUAUUCAUAAUUGCGACCACAUUACAAUGAAUUUUGAAUGUCAUUGUUUGUAGGUAUUAUUCUAAGUAUUCAUCUUAUCGUAUAGACCCUGCUUAAUAUUUGUAUUAAUUAUUUAUCACAAUCUGCUGUUAAUAUAAAUAUUGGCCUUCUUCUCUUUCUAAACUAAAGAAUGAAAUAUGACAAUUGUUAUUAUUUCAUCAAUUACUAAACAAAACUUGAACUAAAAAAUACAAUCAAAUUUAAAAUACAGUAGAAUUUUACGUACAAUUGAUAUAGCUAACUAAUUUCAAUUUUUACUUAUUGGAUUGUAAUUAUAUCCUGCGUUGAAACUAUUUACUGAGUAAAUGGUAUCCUCAUGAAUUUUGAACCCGCUAAAUCCAAAAAUGCCGGGCAUUUUUGGAGAAGAACUGGAACAAUGACAAUUGCUUGAACAAAUUAUGAACACACAAUUUUUUUGUUCGAACAAUUUUUUUAUGUAAUUAUAGCCCAUUUUCAGAAGAUAAGGUCUCUUGUCAUUUUUCCGUAUAAUGCAUAUUUGAAAAUUUAUAAAUUUUUGUAAUUUGAAAAAUCGAAGAUUUUUACUAACUUUCGAUAUUAAUAACUUUUGUGUAACUGGACAUUUUUUAAAAUUGAAAAAUAUGCCUCGAUCACCGCGCGCCGAACACAGGUGGCUCUGUUCUGGUGCGCUUUUUAUGUCGCUAAUUUACUAUCUAACUUAAAAAAAAGAUCAAAUAAAAAACUUUGGCAUCAAUAUUAACAAUAUGAUUCCAUUAUAUAAGCUCUCUAAUUACAAGAUCAAACAAAUUACAACCUGGAUUAUUGGAAUAGAACGCAUUUAAACAAAUAUUAAUUUUUUAGUAACUUUUAGUUGUUAGAUUACAAGUUGACUUUAUUAUCAUUGAGCCAAUUGAGAAAAUGAAAUAGAAAGUUUGUUGUUCGAUUUAGAAAAUUAGUCAUUAAUAUGAAAUAAUGACACUUCGAUUUUAGGUAUCUUAGAGGAAUGUAUGAAUCCUUGUAUAGAAUUGACUGAACAGUACCUCACUAAUGUUUAUAAAAAAAUACCGUAUGUGACUUUUGACCAGCUUUGUUAUUGGGUUUAUCUCGAAAAAUGUGAUGUCACUGAAUUCCCUCUUACUUCAGUAUCUAUCAAGUUACAUAUAAUUAGAGCAGCUGGAUCCACUUCUGUAUGGAUAUGAAGCUCAGCAUGUUUUAUCAAUUCCAAAGCGAGUGCACAUAUUAUUGCCUCCUAUCGAUGAAUCCGUAUCAAGUUGUCGAGGUAAAUUUCCGAAAAAUCUUGCUGUUGCGUCAGAGCUGACCUUAAUUUUGUUGAUUAUGUUCUUAUAAUAAAAAUCAAAAUAACGUGUAAAAUUAAAUUAAAUAAUACUGAAGCAUUGGACAACAGCUUGUGCGUAGACAUGUAAUACUGACUAUGAUAUAAUGUACAUUAAAUAUUUAUUCAAUAAGAUAAAUUUUGCAAAAAAAUUUCGAAAAAUAUAUUCUUUUCCAUGAUUUGAGAAUAUUUCAAUUGAUCUCUUUUUAAAGCAGAUAGUAAAUUAACGACAUAAAAUGCGCGUCAGAACAUAUUCGCCCAAUCGCAAUAAGUGCCAAAAACCGGACCUGCACUAAUAUCGAAGUAUACCAAUUUGUAGAGUAAGGUUCAAAGAACAAGUACUAUUUUUCAAUUUUAAAAAAUGUUGAGUUGGUCAAAAUGUAUUAACAUAGAAAGUUAGUAAAAACCGUCGAUUUUUCGACAUUCAAAAUUUAUAAAUAUUUAAAUAUGCAUUAUACGGAAAAAUGACAAAAAUGAGCCAUAUUUGCAUAAAAAAAUUGUCCAAACAGAGAAAAACAAUUUGUUUAUUAUGUGUUUAAACAAUUGCGAUUCAAACAAAACGUACCAGUUUUUCGCAAAAACGUCGGGCAUUUUUGGAUUCAGCGGCUCAAAAUACAUAAGAAUACCACUGUUGUAUCCUUGUCCCUAUGAUUGCACACGGCAGCAUUGAUCACUCCCGGACUAAUUCUCCUGUAAGAAAUUAUUUAUUUUAUUAUUUAUAUUAGUCUCAAAAUUUAUUUUGUUGGUCAAAGAAAGAUAAAUAUAAGAGGUUUGUAAUAAAUGAUAUAGCAAUAUAUAAGGAUAUAUAUUACAUAAAUACUCUAGAGCAAAAUGAAACAGGUUGUUUUCUUAUCUGUUAGUUUAGGCAUAAACAAUAAAAAAAAUAUCCAUGUGUUUUUAAUAUAUGUACUGUAUAAACGAAUUAACAAAUAACAGCACUACGUAGGUUAUGUUAUAAAUUUGUUUAUGUUCAUUUGCAAAAUGUACCUUAUGUUCCAUCAUUUAAAUUUUUUUGAAUAUCAGAAUGUUUAAUAGGUAUACUAACGCACAAUAGUAGAAAGGAUUAAAUCAGAAUAACGAAAAAAUAAAUAAUUAAUACACGUCCGUAUUUAUGAAUGCAGUAAUGCUGUCAUUUUAAAUCGAAGUUAUACCUAUUGAAUAUUUAAUAUAUACCAAUAAAUGCUUCUUCUAAAUGUAUAUAUAUCAAAAUAACUGUAGAGAGUAAAAGCAUUAUCGAAGAAAGUCUCAUUUUCAAAUAUAUGUAAAAUAAUUAGAAAAGUACGAAAAAUAUUGAAAUCAAGGGAUCGGGUGAUUGAAGGAAGACUUAUUUAUGGAUAAAUUUCAAAAAUAAAAUGCUAAUAACUUCACUUCAUAUGAGUACAUAACACAGGGGUGGGGCAGGGGCACAGAUUACUGUUCAAAAAUUCCCAAAAUUAUGGGAAACUCUUGAGAAUACCAACAUUAACCAUACCCUCACAAAGGCCAUCAGGAACUUAUAUAGAGAUGCAGCAAAAAUUGGGAAUAAAGUAUCGGAAUCCUUCACAGUCAACAAAUGCCUUAAACAAGGGUGUUGUAUCUCACCAAAUUAAAAAAAAAAAGAAAUGCAAAGGAAUGAGGAUCCAAAUGACACACAAUGACACCUGUUUAUACAUCCUCCAAUUUGCAGUGGAUCAGAUAAUAUGUGCAAACGACAUAAAUGAUUUAGAAUAUAUGGCACGUAAACUAGAAGAAGAAUAUGGAAAAUGGGAAGUACAGAUGAACAUAGUAAUUAUGUAUAGAAGAGGAAACAACUCACAUAUAACUAGAAAACAACGAAAUUAUAACGGGAUGUGAGAACUAUAAACAUUUAGGAGUUAGUUUUGACAAAAAUGGGACGAAUGAUAUUGAAAUAGAAUGUAGAAUAAACAGAGCGAGAACAAUAGUCAAAUCACUGAAUUUAAUACUGUGAACUAAUAAAUGAGGAAAAAAACACUGCAUCAAUAUUUUCAUUAGUUGGAAGCUGAUGUUACGAAAUGUUUUCUUUCUCUAUUAAUCAAUUUCACUGUGUGAAAUUUUCUUAAUCGCCACAUGUUUCGUGAAAUAACAUCUAUUGAGAUACAAUCUGCCAUCACUUUUGCAUAGAGACGAUAUGCUGUUUCUUUCUUUCUGUGUUUGGUACUAUUAUGAUGUUAGUGGAUUAUGAAUAUGAUUUACUGACCUACCAAAAAGAAUCCGUACCAUUGUAUCUCAAACGAGUAUAACUCAGCAUCACUCUGUGAUACAUUUUUUACCGCAAUACUUCCCAGUCAGAGUAUAUUAGUUUACUCUCACGUGAUAAAAAUUAAAAAUGAAUCAACGUGACUAUCACCGAGUAUCCGACGAAGAUUAUGAAGAGAUUGAUGCCACAAUAAAGUGAGAAUUCGUGGUAUCAACAAUCGAAUACGAAAAUAAUUUUUUAACGGUACACUUGAGUUAGGAAUCCGGAGGAAUAUUUUUUAAAUUAAUUAAUUCUGAUUUAUUAAAUAAAAUUCCUUCUUUAUAUUUGAUAUUAUCAAAGGACCGUUAUUUAGAGGUAAAAAUUACUUUUCUGAUUAUACAUCCUCAAAAAACGCGACUAGGCUCUCUUAUGAGUUGCAUUGGCUGAGAGAUUGUCGACCACGGCUUGGUCUUCAAAAAUCAUGAGCAAGAUCAGGCUCGCCCACUUAAUUGUGUGAUCUGUAUUAUUAUUUAGCUCUUAUAAGUAUACCGGUGUAGCAACGAGUCUAAAGCUCAGGUAUUUUUUCGAAUACCUACCGUCGUCGAAUUGAUUGUAAAAAAUACUACCCGAUAGUGAAAAUGAGAUUUUUUGGUUGUAAGAGAAGACUACUCUAUUGAUAAUUAUCGAUUUGUGUAAAGUGAUCCCUAAUUUAUUACAUAUCUCAAUGUAUAAAUGAAGUGUUAGCUUUUGUUUAUUUAAUAUGGAAAAUACAACUAGAACCACCAAAGACAAAUAAUAAAUUUAGUAUAAGAAAAGUAGUAGAUAUUGAUGUAUAUUUUAUUGUUCUGUUAAUGAUUUUUGAAUAUGUAGGAAUAUAUAUUUAAUGUUAACUAGUUUUACCGAUAUAAUUUUUAUAUUUAAUUAUUAUUUUCGUGGGGUCCAUUUUGUCUCGACAAUGUAAUUUAUUCAUUAAAAAUAUUAAAAAUGUAGAAAUGUUAUUUUGGAACAAUUAUAUGAUUAGACUAAAAUUGACCCCUCCUUCUUUUAUCGGAUUUGUCGAAAAAGGCAUCUCCAAUGAGUCGAAACCUAGUCACUAAUUUUAAGAAAAAUAUAUAUUAAAUAAAAAAAUAUGAUAGAAUUCAAUGUAACUGGAUAUUAUGUGGGAAAUAAAUCGUUAGUUUUAAAACUAGGUAUAAAAAAGUAUGUAAAUUCAUGUAUCUAAUAGAUAAUAAACAGUAUUGAAGCUUUUA